AGGGCCACAGGAAAGAGAAAGCAGUCCGCUGUUUGUGGGCUGGUUUAUGCUCGACUUUGCAUUCAUUCAUGUCUGUACAUGUGAGAGGUUUAUGACUGGAAGUUAGCUUGUGUUGUGCUUAGAUUGCUGCGCUUAAAGGUUAUGAAAUACUGUAUUACUGCCCUGAUACGACUUCCCGUCUAAGUUCAAAGGUUGCUGAAGUUCAGUGUUUGCAGAACAGGGCCGAGUCUGGACAGAAAGAUGGAGUGUGUCUCUUUCCCGCCACUGUCCCGUGUAGCCAUUUGUGGUGGCACCCAUGGAAAUGAGAUGUCAGGGGUGUAUAUGGCGAGAGAAAUGCAGAAACAGAAGGUGGAAAAGGCCGGAUCUGUCUUUAUUACCACUGUCCUAGCAAACCCACGUGCUGUGGAUGCUUGCAAAAGAUACACAGAUACAGACCUCAACCGCUGUUUCACAGACGCCUUGCUGAGUUCCCCAAUAACAGAUUCAACAUCGUAUGAGUUGAGGCGAGCCCAGGAGCUGAAUGCUCAGCUUGGGCCCAAAGGAAGUGAAGAGGCUGUGGAUCUGAUCUGUGAUCUCCACAACACCACUGCCAACAUGGGCCUGUGCCUCAUCUUUUACUCCUUAGACUGGAUCACCAUGCACAUUUACAAAUACAUACAGAGCAAGAUAACCUCUGCGCCUGUGAGAGCAAUCCAGCUGGAUAUACCCAUCUCUGAGGCUUACUCCUUAGAGUCAGUGGGCAAACAUGGCUUUGCAAUUGAGGUCGGUCCUCAACCCGGAGGUGUGCUCAGAGCUGAUAUCUUUAACAUGGUGAAAGAGGCAGUGGACCUCACAAUAGAAUGGCUUCAGCUAUUCAAUUCUGGAAGUACUUUUGAAGGAGGUGAAGUUGAAGCAUACACUCUGACGAAGAGCGUUGACUACCCAAGGGAUCCAAUGACCAAUGAGAUCACUGCUGCCAUUCACCCCAAGCUACAGGAUAAUGACUUCAAGCUCCUCCAACCAGGUGACCCCAUAUUCCUGUCAUUUUCUGGCGAGACUGUGAAGCACGAGGGAGAGGAACUCUACCCUUUCUUUGUCAAUGAAUGUGCCUACUACGAGAAGAAGAUUGCUUUCCAUUUAGCUCGAAAGAUCACUCUGACCUUCCCGUCUGUUAGUGUGAAGAAGGACUGAAAGAGGAGAGAUACGAGAUCAACAUAUACUGUAGUGAUUUUAAAUCACAAUCUAAUAUAGAAUAUGCACAGUACUUUCUUUUAGUACAUGUUUUUAAUCAUCUCAAAUGAUUCAUUAAGUAAUACACAAACGUAUGUGAUGAAGUUUAAAUAUUCUGCAGGUGCUUGACACAAUAACAUGAUUACCUCUUUAUAAUUCAAUGCAUUAAAGCAGCCCUGCAACAGUACUACCUCUGUGAGGCUAAAAAGGAAGCUCAUGUGUAACACUAGAGUUGUUGUUGUUGAUGUACUUGAGUGAAUGAUAUUGCAGUUACAAUCCUCCACCUUCUGUGUAUUGACUAGUAUUAAUUGUUAAUGACAUUGAUCUUUCUUUUGCACCGUGCCAAUAAUGCAAAACACCAAUUUUGAAUAAAUGGAAAUGUGGAUCA